AUGUCUUCGGUCCUCCGGAUCUCUCCCCUUCUCGUCCCUCGUUUCUCCCGUUUCCCUCGAUCUUUCUCUCACAGCGUCGGCAUUAGCCGGAUUCCAAGGAGGAGGAGCUCCAACUCUUCUGCGUGUUCCUCUUCCUCCCCUAGCUCUGCCCCUGGGUCCUCUUCCAGUUAUGUGGCCGCUACCGCUUCUCCUGCUGCUCCGUCGCCGCCUGCUCCAUCGGCGGUGGGAGCUCCGACCGGCGAAAAGGGCCAGGGCCUCGGUGCGAAGAAUGCUCUGGAAUGGGUGACGAGAACGGCGCUUUGCGGGGAGCUGGGAGAGGCGGAUGUUGGGAGGCGCGUUCGACUGUGUGGUUGGGUGGCCCUCCACAGGGUUCAUGGAGGCCUCACCUUCUUAAACCUCCGAGAUCACUCGGGCAUCGUUCAGGUGGCCGUAUCUGUUAUCUUCGACCAUCUCACUUUCUUUCUAAAGAAAAUUGAUUCGAAAUUUCGUCUUCUGAUUAAUUCGAACUUCUUAUUGGCCUACUCUUCCUCUCGGUGUUUAUUUUUCUUCUUAAUCUCCAGCAACGACGAUCUCCUUCCAUGCUUCCCACUCGUCAUAGUUUCGUUUUUUAAUUUUUUUUCUUAUUCUGCUCAAUCAGAUUACUACGCUUCCCUCUGACCACCCUGAUGCGUAUGCUACUGCAAACAAGUUGCGGCUUGAGUACGUGAUAGCUGUAGAAGGCACUGUUCGUCCUCGACCAGCCGAGUCGCAGAACAAGAAGAUGAAGACGGGGUUCAUAGAGGUACCCCUCCUUCCUGUCAUCGGGGACCGUUGAUGAAUUUGCCUCGCGGUUGAGUACCAGUGUUUUGCAGAUUACGAACAUAUUCUGGGUUGUUUAAUCUGGUUUGGAUUUACAUUUACUGUUCUGGGAAUGAUCUCUGCUACGCUCUGCAUCAUUCUUUGAUAGGACAAGCUUUGGGUCCUUUGUUAGGCGCUUCUGAUUGUCUGAGCUCCCUGUCUCGUAAUAUGUUUCUAUGAUCAUCCCAGGUUACUGCAGAGCAUAUUCAAGUUUUGAAUUCUGUAAGACGCGCACUGCCUUUCCUUAUCACGACUGUAGAUGACACAAAGGAGACGAUAACUGAGGAGAUUCGUUUAAGGUUAGCCUUUUGUUCGGUCAAAUCCCAUAUUGGUCAUCUGAAUUGUCCACUGGCACUCCUGAUGCUUGCUCUUUAUAUCUUCCUUGAACAGCAUCAUCAUCAUCAUCAUGAGAGAGAGAGAGGGAGAGAGGGAGAGAGAGAGAGAGAGAGAGAGAGAGAGAAGAGAGAGAGAGAGUUUUGUAAUUAGGCAUAAUGAGGGAUUAGUUAGUCUUUAGGCAAUAAUGGUUGUCAUGGUCAACAUACAGCUUUACGGAUGCCUGAUUGAUCUCUCUGCUAAUUUAUGCUAGAUAUCGAUGCCUUGACUUACGUCGUCAACAGAUGCAUUCUAACCUGAUGCUGAGGCAUAAUGUAGUAAAGAACAUAAGACACUACUUGGAGGACAUCCUUGGUUUUGUGGAGGUAAUUUCUGCUGAAAUUAAUUGAUUUACUUCUUUAGUUGUAGAUCUUUAAAUAAAGCUGUGAAUUUUCCGAAAUUUUCUUCUAAUUAUAUUUCGGGAUGAUUUAUUCUUCAAUUUCAAUUCUAAUGAUUAGAACUGGCGCUUUUACACUUAGGUAGGUCGAGACUCCAAUAUUAUCUAGAUCCACCCCUGAAGGUGCUCGGGAUUACCUGGUUCCCUCACGACUUCAGGUAAUAUUCUUUGUCAAACGUGCAUAUAUCUGAUGUAUCCUUCAUAUUCCUUUUAUUCUGUUUUCCCAAGAAUUAUUAGAUUUGCCGAUUUUACGUCAGAGAAGUCAACCACGACUCAAGAGAAGCCAAAGGAUCCAGCUGGAAACAUAUAGCCUUGAUUCUUUGAAAUCUUCUGGGAAGAAAUAAUGAUGCAUCUCUGUGGGAGAGAGCUAACUGAAAAAAAGUGGCCUAAGACCACGAAAAGAUUGUAAGAGUUGCCUCAUUCCCCCAAACAUGCUGAAACCACGCUAAAAAAUUAUCUCAGGCCCAAAACUGUUUGAACCGGGGGAGCUUUACUUGGUCAACUGGUUGUCUUCUAGAAAAAAAAUACCGCAUUCAUAAUCGGUUGCAAGAAAUAUAUCUAGCAUGUUUCUGUACCAUAAUCGGUUCAUCAUUAACAUCAAACCCAUAAAGGGAGUAGUUAUUCAAUUACCCAGAGUAAGUUGCCCUGGUUCAUCUCCUGUCUGGAUUUUAAGAAACCACUCAGGUGUGGUCCAUCAUAGCCAUGCUUCAUAAUCAAUAUCUUUGCAUAAGGACCUGGAUUUUGCUGUAUAGAUUUUUGUUCUUCUGUUACUGUAGAGAUUCAGAUACAGUAUGAGACGUCCCUCCAGCUUAAACAUGACAACUUGGGUUAAGAACUUCAAACUCGUAAUUUGGAUGCCCUUUUUUUCAUCGGAGCAAUUGUCUGUGUAGCAAAAGCAGUUUUUUGUAGGUCAGAGGAUUUUCAACUAUUCUCUAAAACAUAUUACAGGAAAACAACACAAAUCUUUUGCUUCCAACUAAGCGAGCAUCUCUGUUUUAUCGUGAAAACUUUUAUUUUCUUUACGAAGAAAGAGUAAAAUUACUGUUAUGGAUGUCUGAUUCACUUUAAUAUGAUCUUGAAGCCAGGGGCAUUCUAUGCCCUACCUCAAAGUCCGCAACUGUUUAAGCAGAUGUUGAUGGUCUCUGGAUUUGACAGAUAUUAUCAAAUCGCCAGGUGAAUUUUAAGCACCCUAUGUACUUACUCAUUUCUCAGAACCUCACCUGGAUCUUUGAUGCUAGCUCAGUUUGUGGCACUUUCUGUUCCUUGCUAGCUGAUCUGUUGGCCAGGCAAUCUGUGGGAAUAGAAUAUAGGUAGACUUAUUUCAUGAUAUGGGCAUGCUCUUCACAGGUGAUUAAUGGCCUGGACUGCUAUUUGUGCAGUCUCUUCUUAUCCCAAAUCGGGAAGGGAUGAAAACGAUAUCGUUUUAUAAUAAAUGCAGUAAAAUGAUCUUGUUGAGUAGUUGGGAAAAGGUGUGUAUAUUCAUAAGUAUAUUUCCUUUGAAGGUGCUUCCGAGAUGAGGAUCUACGAGCAGAUCGGCAACCUGAGUUUACGCAGCUGGACAUGGAAAUGGCUUUUACACCAUUAGAAGACAUGCUGAAACUUAAUGAAGAUUUGAUAGGCCAUGUAUCCAUUUCCUUCCGUUUCACCCUUAAAAAACUGGCGACCAUGCAUUUAAUUGGCAGUAUUUCCCUUUUGGUUUUUACUUUUUCAGAUGAUUCUAACAGAUGCGCUAAAUUCAACAGGUUUUCCGUGAAAUAUUAGGGGUUGAACUUCCGAACCCAUUUCCAAGGCUUACCUACGCGGAGGCAAUGAAUCUUUAUGGAACGGACAGGCCGGAUCUUCGAUUUGACAUGAAACUCAGAGAUGUGAGCCCAUUCAAGUACAGUUUUGAGUAGCCUAGAAUUUAUAUUCUUUCUAUGUCUUGAUAGUUGCAGUUGCUUGGAAUCGGACGAUAUCUCUGUCAAAAGAAGCUCCUUUCAUUUCUCAAAUCAGUGUUUCUGAUUAAUCUGAGUGUAUCAGUUACUCUCAUAUAAUCUAGCACUCCAGGUUGCAAUUUCUCGUAAAGCUAAUAGCCACAGAUCUGUGCUUGAAACCCUUGUCUAGAUGCGCCUAUCUGGAUGUGUUCAUAUUAAGAAGUGUUCUUGGAAGAAAUGUAAUCUGUCAGUAUGUUGACAAAAAAAUAAAUGGAGUCGAAAGCAAUAACAAUAUCAACUGGAGGCAGUUUUUUUUUUUUUUCUUAAUACCUUGAGACCCCCCUUUCCCCCCACCCAGUGGUUACAUUUUCUAUUUCAGGGCUUUUUUUUUUUUUUUUUUGGUUUUCUAAAUACUAUGGCAUCCCUUGUUGACGAUCUCUCUGUGAUCUUGUCUGCAGGCUAGUGAUGUUUUUCUAGGAUCCUCCUUCAAGGUAUUUACAGAUACACUGGAGAACGGAGGGAUCAUCAAGGCUCUAUGUGUACCCUCUGGAGCCAAGAAAUACUCAAACACGGCCCUUAAAAAGGGCGACAUAUGCAACGAAGCCAUGAAAUCUGGGGCAAAAGGGCUGCCCUUUCUCAAGGUCCUAGAUGAUGGUAAGGAAGCCACCACUACCCCUCGAUCCUCCCCCAAUUCCUAGAGAGAGAAAGUGGAGCAUAAUAAGUAACCUAUUUCAGGAAGCGUCGAGGGUGUGCCUGCUCUGGCUUCAUCGUUAGAUCCUCCGAGGAGGGAAGAGCUGCUGAGGCUCUGCUCCGCGGAGGCUGGCGAUCUCAUUCUAUUUUCGGUGGGCGACCAUCAGUCGGUCAACAAGACCCUCGACCGGCUCAGACAAUUUGUGGCCCGGGACCUGGGUCUCAUUGACCAGGUGAAAUUUCUCUCUCCUCUUUCGGUGAAUCCUAUUGUCAUGGUCCCUGGAAUGGCGUCUGGUGGGUUGAUAGGCUGUGCCUGAGUUGACCCAUUUUGACCUUUUGCAUGUACAUAUAUUUAUAUAAUUUUGGGGUUUGACCCUUUUUCUAGAUUUAGAUUCAGAUGCCAUGUUUGAUAUCUUCUAAUCCUUGCUUCUUUUUUUUCCCCCUACAUCAUCUGAUUCUGGCCUAGUCUGCCCAUUCGAUUCUGUGGGUGACUGACUUUCCGAUGUUUGAGUGGAACAGCUUGGAGCAGAGGCUUGAGGUGAGUUAAACAUGCUCCCUCUCUCUCUCUCUCUCUCUCUAAAUUCCAGGGUUCAUUAAAGCUUGGUAUCAAAGAAAAUUGGUGAGAUUUCCCUCCUCACUGAUCCAGCUCAAUGAGUUGAACAUGUUCUCCCCCCCUCUCUCUCUCUCUAAAUUCCAGAGUUCAUUAAAGCUUGGUAUCAAAGAAAAAAUAUGAGAUUUCCCUCCCCACUGAUCCGGCUUAUCUGCCAGGCUCUUCAUCACCCAUUCACGGCCCCUAAUCCGGAUGACAUGGAUGACCUGUCCACUGCUCGCGCCUUGGCCUAUGACAUGGUCUACAAUGGAAUCGAGGUGCCUGUUCUCUGCUGUGCUCAUGCAGGACUUCAUUUUUCUUUUCUCCUUUUCUGGGUUUAUCUGCAAUCCCCCUCAAAUACAUGAUGCCGAUUUUUUUUCUUUCUGGGUUUAUCUGCAAUCUAUCUCUGCACCAGAUUGGCGGUGGAAGCUUGAGGAUCUAUAAACGUGAAGUCCAGGAAAAGGUCCUGGCGAUUGUCGGCAUCUCCCCAGAACAGGUCUCUCUCUCUCUCUCUCUCUCUCUCUCUCUCUCUCUCUCUCUCUCUCUCUCUCUCUCCGAUUUAACCCCAGAGUAGAUAGAAUUAGAUUCAUGACCAAGUAAAGUAUACAUAUAAUAUGUAUGAUUUGUGAAUCAGAAAUGUGGAGUACGAUUUAACCACGAGAUUAAUGACCAUGAGAUAUGGAUAUAGUUGAUCAAAUUAAUGAGAUGGUUUUAAGCUUGAAUUACUGAUUUUUGUGCAGGCCGAAGAGAAAUUCGGUUAUCUCUUGGAGUCUCUGGACAUGGGCGCUCCUCCUCACGGUAUGUGAACCACCUCCCACAUCAAAUACCAUGGCAUGGAGUAGUUCUCUCUCUCUCUCUCUCUCUCUCUCUCUCUCUCUCUCUCUCUCUCUCGCAUGGGUCCAAAGAAGGGCCUAUGCUUUGAUGGCCCCUCCAUAAGCCCAUUAUGAAUUCAGUUUCGGUCUGCUAUAGUACGCAAUUGGGCCGGGGCCAGGCUUUAAUUGGCCCAUCUCAGGAUCUCCUAUAUCGCUGCCGCGUGGCCUCUUCUCCACAUCACUUUAUUAAUGCCCUUUGCAGGUGGGAUCGCCUUCGGGUUGGACCGGCUGGUGAUGCUCCUCGCCGGCGCAAAGUCCAUCAGAGACGUCAUAGCCUUCCCGAAGACCACCACGGCCCACUGUGCGUUGACCAAGGCGCCCUCGCCCGUUGACCCUCAGCAGUUGAAAGAACUCUCUCUUACCACGCAGUAG